GGAAGCUGGAAAAGAUAAUUACCUUAUACAACUGAUACUUUCUAAAACAUAAUUUUAAAUAUUAAUUUAGAUCCUAAAAUAUACAUGUACUAAAAAAAUAUGACUGACGACGAUAUUACUGAAGAACAUUCAUUUGGAUCUUGCUUGCAACCGUUAGCAUUAACUGCUGGGAAUACAAUGUUUUCAUCAAAAACAAUCAAACACAGAACACCUCCCUUUCCAGUCACAUCAAAUUACCAUCCAUCGCUGGACUCAUUAGCUCAAUCAUUCCUACACUUAGAUCCUAAAUUAAUUCAAACCGAAGAAUAUGAUCCAUCCAACAAAUCAUUAUCAUAUAAAACGUUUUAUGAGAAUUGGUUACGCUACUUUUAUCUCUUAGUUCAACAGAAUAAUUUACACAAUAUGUUUGUGACAACAGGUAACUCAAACAACGAAGCUGACUGCAAUAACAAUAAUAAUAAUAAUUUAUCAAAUACACACUUUCGAGCAAAUACGAGGGAUGAUCUAUUAACAGAUCAAAUUGGUGGCAGUUUGACUUCACAGGAUCAAUAUAAGUGUGAACAAAUUUCCAACCAACAAAAAACUAUUUCAUCACACAUAAAGAACAACUUACUUAUUAACAAUCAAUCGGUAGCAUAUGAUUCAGAUAGUGAAUGUGAAUCCCUGCUAUCAAAUUUAAAUCAAGACUUAGUCGAUUCAAAGACUGCUUCAAAUGAUCAAACAGAUAAUUCGUCUUUACGCACUUCAUCAAAAUCACAAAGAUUGAAAACAAUGAUACAAGAGAAGGAAGAUAGAAUUUCACUUAAUGAUGAUUUGGCGGAAAUAUAUGAAUUUGCACACUUGUUUAAAUUGCGUAGACUCAGUUUGGGUUUGACACAGACACAAGUUGGAGCUUCUUUAAAUGCCAAAGAAGGACCUGCCUAUAGUCAAAGUGCAAUCUGUCGAUUCGAGAAACUUGAUGUAACUUUAAAAUCCGCAAAACGAAUGAAACCUGUCUUAGAACGUUGGUUAUCUGAAACCCAGGCAAUGCAUCACAAUGGAGCAAAUGAUGCCAUUGGAGCUCAACUUGUACACCGACCACCUAGGAAGCGUAAACGUAGAACCUGUUUCAGUACUAAAGCACUAAAGUGUUUAUUGCACCAACUUGAGAGGAAUCCUUACCCAACAAAAGCUGAAAUGACUGAGUUAGCCAAAGCCUUGACUUAUGAUCGUGAAGUUAUUCGUGUUUGGUUUUGUAAUAGGCGCCAAGCCAUUAAAACCACUGAAAAGCAAACAACAUCUAUUCACCUUUAAUUCUCCGGGUAAAAACAUCUUUCCACCUUCGAAACAUGACCUGUAAAACAAAAGGUUUUCCUGUGGAUGGAUCUAAAGUUCUCGUUAUCAUGAUUUGUAUUUACAUUAUUGAUAAAUUUAU